GUACUGUAUUGUUAUAGCGCCCUCGUUACACGAAACUGCCUCUUUCUCAUGCACGUCUAGCAAAAAAUCUGCAACCAUGUCUGGUGAUCUGCAGUGGAUGAUGAUUCGCAACAACUCAGCCAGCUUGUUGAAAGGCAUCAAUGGCACAACCUUCAGUUUGGAGCCUAACAACUUGUUGAACCGUAACUCCAAAAAGUACAAUGGAUUAGUCAACAGGAAGACAGUUGGUGUAGAAGCUGCUAAGGAUGGAAAGGGUGUAGUCUUGGUCACCAAGAAACUCAGAGUGAAGAACAAGCCUGCUAAGUGGUACCGAGAGGUUACAUUGAAAAAGGAUUCACGCAGGGCUCUAACCAGCAUUAGACAUGAUAUCAAGAAGCAUGGAUAUAGGCGUGACCUCAAGAUGGCUGCUCUCCGACGAGCCAGUGCUAUCCUCCGAAGCCAGCGACCAGUAAGCGUUAGGAAGACAAAGACACCUCGUGGAGCUAGGAAGUAGACAUGUCACUUGUGAAAUAACAUAAUAGAUUUGAUAAGUGGAAUAAAAAAUAUGAAUGGAUGAAA